AUGAGUUCUUUUAAGAGUCGGAAAAUAAACAAUUCACCUUCAUUGAAUUAUUAUAUCAACAAAGUUAAUAGUCAUAAGAAUCAUGAAACUCAGGCGUUACAUCCAGUUCAACAGUCUUCAGGAAUAUUUAGUCGUAAACAGGAAAUAAUUAUUAUGCCUAACCAUAGUACCAAAAAUAAUAAUAACAAUAAUAAUAAACUAUUGAAGGAUACAUUACCACAGUCAAGUGUCACACCAACCAGUCAACAGCAACAUUCACAGUUGUCAGCAGUCUAUGCUAAAGAGAAGUCGAAUUCAAUUAAUGUUCAUUUCAGACAGAAUGUCUCUGAUAAUAAACCGAAAUGUGUUGAUGUCAGGCGUACAACACCAAGACAACUGAAACAAUAUCAAUCGAAACGUGGUCACCUCUUCUCAUCAACAUCCCCACCAACUUCAACGACAACCACCCUCACAGAAUCCGAUCAUCAUAAAGCUUUAUUCAAUCAUGCCAUAUCUGAAAAAAGUAAAACCACAGGAAAUUAUCACACUGCCGGAGGGAAAUCUGCCCAUGCUCAACAACCACAACAAAUACAUCCCGGUGAUUUGGCCUCCUCUUUAAUACGUACAGCAAGCCUACACUUGAAAACAACCCUUUCACGAUUAAAACGAUCGAAUAGUGGGCAUACAAGUAAAUCUUUAGAUAAUUCAAUGCAUACAACGAAUACUACCACGACUACGACGAUUAAUAAUACUAACAAAACGACUACUGCUGCUGCUGAUAAGACAUCUCUACGUCGUAGUUCUAUGCCGUAUGAUCAGAAAUCAAUAAAAACUAUUACAAAAUAUUAUGAACGACAGUCAUCAAAUCAUGAUGAUGAUGAUGAUGAAUUAUCACCUGGUUGUACAAAAUGGUCUACACGACUAGGUCCUCCGCCACCGUGUACUCUGAGUACACCGAUUGUCGCAUCAUCAAUUCAUAGAAACACUUGUCCAAAAUGUACCACCUCGACGGGGACCUACGCGACUACAAUAACCACAGUCUCUGCUGGUACACGAGCACUGGCAAGUGAAAAUAAAGAUUCGUCAUUAUCGCAUCCAUAUACCUCUACUACUACAACUAAUACUACUAACAGUGGUAAUGUGAGUAGUGCAUUUUAUUCCUUGCCUACAUGUGAAUCAAACGAGAUUAAUCUACUAGCUGAUGAUUGUAUAGAUUUUGGUACACUUGGUCGGAUUAAUUUUCGUACAGGUAGUUUUAUGGGUCGUUAUCCAAACUAUUCACGAUCGAAUCAACUUCAACAGUAUUCCCGUGGUCAAAAUACAAGCCAUAUUCAACAACAACAACAACAACAUCAACCACAACCACAACAACGUCCAUCUGAUUAUCGACCACUUUACUUGUCAGUUCAACCUCAAACAUCAUCAUCCUCGGGGAAUACAACACGUUCUGCGCCUUCACCAAGUCUUUCAUCAAUCACAUCAACACAAGGCAUAUUAGUAUUGUCUUCAUCGUCACCUAGUGGUAGUUAUCAUCAAGAUGCAUAUCAGCAUCAGUUGAAUCAAUGUCUUCAACAGAAUAAGCCAAUCGCCUUGAAGACAUCCUCUGCUUCAUCGAUUACAGUUGCAGGAUCAUCGUCACGUUCAUCUAGAAAUUAUUCUUUGCAUUAUCCACAGGCAGGUGAUAGUGUUGUUGUCUUCGGUAGUGGUGGUGGUGUCGGGGGUGUUGAAGACUACUCAAUACCUGUUCAACAUGAGGAUAUUUUAUCUGUAUCAAGUAGAAAUCCACAUCGUGAGUUAGAUCCAAUUCUGGCACGUCUUCUAUCAGAUGUUACGAGUAUUGAUGAGUAUAGAUCUUCAUUACAACCUCAUGGCUCAAUUACACCUCCAUCAACAUCAAGUUCAUCGAUACACCGAAAGCGUAACACUGCCGCUCAUCAAAAACAACAUUCACCCAUGUUGACAACCGCUUCAAGUGAUCCAGAUUCAAUUUCACGAUCUGCUGAAAAUCUAUCGAUUCAACAAAACAUCAUGGAUGAUAUAUGGGAUUUAAAUAAACAAAUUGGAGAUUUAAUACAAAUGGAAUUUCAUUAUAGGCAGAGAAAGCCAACGACAACAACAUCGACAGCAACAACAAAAACAGUCUCAGCGAUGAAAAAAUAUCAAUCAUCUCCUCAUGGUACCUUGAUAUCGGGAUCUAGAAGUUCAGCACCAAAUGUACGAGUAGAAGAGAAUAAAACGCCAGCCGAUGUUAAGAUUAAACAAUCAACUGACGAUGCUACAUCCACUGUCCAACAACCUGUAAAACCUGGAAAAUAUACAUCGCCUAGAAAACAUCCAUUCCGUUGGUCAAGUCGUUCAAGACCAUCUCAUAAGAAAAUGAUAUUAGCGCAUACACAAUCAGCCAGUGGAGGUGAUGGCAGUCAUUAUCAUCUUACUGCUAAAGAUGACAAUUCAACUUACCAGUCGUCAGGUUCUUUACAACAACACCAACAACAACAGUCUACACCUGUCAAAUCGAUUAUCAAUACAAAUUAUGGCAAUAAUUAUAAUAAUGUUAUAACGCCUAUAUAUACUUCACCGAUUACCAGUAGUACACUAUCAAGUGGUUUGCAUCAACCGACACUGUCCAGUCGAAUGGUUAACAAUGCAGAGAUUAUACUUCAUGAUACUAAAAGUGAAUAUGAUGAGACGGCGGAGUAUGCAAGUUUUUGGUCAUUAUCUGUUGGACAGUUGACGAUACUACGUAAAUUAGCUUUAAUACAGUUGGCGAGUUUAGCUGAGAAACAUUGUUCGAUUAAUCGAUCACCAUUUAGUUGGCGAUUUAUAAAAUAUCGUGCUCUACUGUCUAGCGGUGAUUCAAAUCUCUUAGCGAAUUCAUUAACCACUUCACCUUUAUCAGAUAAAAAAGCAUUUUCUAAUUCAAAUGAUGAAACUUGUGCUACUCGAUUGAAUUCCACUGAGCAAAAUAGUAUUAUUUCUCAACAAAAUGAACGUAUUAUCACACAGUUACCAGUUCAUCAUAAUGUAGCAUACAGUGGUCCUGUAUUCGGCCAAUCACUGUCUAGCUGGCAACGUAGACUUGGUUAUCCACUGCCACCAGCUGUUGUACAUAUGAUGGAUCAUUUAGAAAUGAAUGGAACUACAGCGCAUGGAAUAUUUCGACGUCCUGGAGGUAAAUUAAGAAUGUUGGCGUUAAGAGAAGAAAUUGAACGGGAUAUAAAUUGGAAGAAAUUUGAUGACUGGCAACCGUAUGAUAUAGCCGACCUGUUGAAACAAUUCUUUCGUGAACUACCUGAAUGUCUAUUUACAAGUAAACUGGCAACUGUACUUGUCAAUGUCUACGUAUGUGUUCCAAAUUCAGUUCAAAUUGAUCUACUACGCUGGAUAUUAAUUAGCCUACCGGAUGAAAAUCGUAUUGUAUUACAGAAGUUAUUGUACCUUCUGAAUCAUUUAUCACGUCAUAGUGAUGUGACUGAGAUGAGUGCUAGUAAUCUGGCAGUUUGUUUUGCUCCAUCUCUUUAUCGAUUAAUUAAACCGCCAACAUUGUCUAAUCAAGGCGUAAGUCUUAGUCCACGACGUUUAAGACGAACAACAAGUGGACCAGAUCCAAAAGAUUUAGCUGAUCAACGAGCUGCUCAACUUAGUCUAAGUGCAAUGAUUAAUUUAGCACCGAAUUUAUUUCAAAUAUCAUGUUCUCUACUGAAUCAUUCAACUCUACUAACAAGUUUAACGCCUAUACCACAAGAUUUAGAAACAAUUAUAGCUAAUGGUGAUUGGCCACAAUGGAUACAAACAUCAUUGACUGAUUUAAUACGUGAAUGUUCAUCAUCCAAGUCUAAAGGUUGGAAUGUUAUCAAUCGUGAAGCUAUGAAAUGUUAUGGUGUUGAUUCUGGAGCUAAUGAACUAUUGGAUGGUUUUGAAGUUCAUUACAAAAAGAUUCCGAAUUCAAGUGAAACAAAAACUACACCGAACACCUUACGUUUAUGGCGUUGUUCACUUCACAUUCCGGAAUCAAAUCCACGUGUUAUAUUGAAUCGAUUCUGUGAAGACAGAACUUCAUGGGAUCCAGAAGUGGCAGAAAUGAAAAUUAUUGAUCAAAUAUCUGAUUGUGUUGAAUUGUGUGAAUUACACAUGGCGUAUACAUAUCCCCAACCGAAGUGCGUACUUCAUUUAAUCCGUGGUCUUCAGUAUACCCUUGACGAUGGUUGCUGUGCUAUGCUAAGCGAAUCAAUAACAAAUACCAGUUUUCCAAAUGUAAAUACACCUUUUUGUGUACAGUCAACAACAGCGACAACAGCAACUGGAACUGGAACUACUGGGGUGAAUCCAAGUGGAAAUAGCAUACUUGGUCACGUCUAUGAAGAUCAUGUUUACAUUCGUCCAAGUAAUGAUGGUCAAGGUUGUCGGGUGUAUUUACUAUCACGUAUAGAUUUAAAAGGCUAUGGACCUGAUUGGUAUAUAAAUCAAUGGGGUCAUACAUUAUGUCGAAGAUUAGUAAAUCUAAAAAGAUCCUUUCAAAAGUCCAAACCACUACCAGUUUUAGUUUAUGAAUUAGACGAAUCCGUGAAUCGACCUUCUCCGCCACCCUAUGCCACUAUUACGACUACCGCUACUACUACGACCAUUGAUGACAGCAGUCAAAUUAUCUCAACGACAGUAGAAACUUCAUCAUCUCCGACGUUGUCAGCAGUUACCAGUACAACAACAACAACAACAACAAAAACAGCAACAACGACUGUUGUGAUUAACAGAUUCUAA